GACUGAGGUAUUCCUGUGCACACACUGGUGCAGCUCACAAUUACAGCCCUAUGGGACUCUCCUCUUGUUUGAGUGCAUAAAUUUACCCUCUUUGGAUUCCGCUGCCUGGAAACUGUCUUUGCAUCCGCCUGUAAAACCCCCCCAAAAAACUCUGGAUUCGUGGGGUUCUGAGUGGAAUCAUGGACCAGAGUGCAGCAGGGGAAGAUAAGAGAAACUGGGUCAUGAGCGGGCUCCCCUGAAUGAUGCCCGCUUGCAUGUGGAGGAAUGGGGUGCACCACCAGCGCCGUUGUUUUUGACGGGCUGCGAACUGUCUUGGAGAGGAAUUGCAGCGGCUACAUCUGCAAGGAAGCUGCCGAGCCUGCCGGGCCAUCUGAGGCUGAGAGGGCGCUGAGUCGGAGAGAGUCGCGUGUCAUACCAACACCUAGAAUACUUAAGGUAAAACCAAAGGUGAUUGAGCCGCUCGAUUAUGAAAAUGUGCUGGUGCAAAGAAAGACGCAAAUCCUCAGCGAUGUUCUCCGUGACAUGCUGCAGUUCCCCCUGGAGGACUUUGAGAUUUCAACUUUGAGGCGCCAAGGGAGAACUCUGUACCCCACAGUGCCUGAAAAUGCUGAGAGGGAGGCCCAGAGCCUGUUUGUCCAAGAGUGCAUUAAGACCUACAAGUCUGACUGGCAUGUGGUCAACUACAAGUACGAGGAUUAUUCUGGGGAUUUUCGACAGCUUCCAAACAAAGUACCCCGGCCUGAAAAACUGGCGGUUCAUGUGUUCGAAGUGGAUGAAGAUGUUGAUAAAGAGGAGGACACUGCCUCCUUAGGAUCCCAGAAAGGGGGCAUUUCCAAACAUGGCUGGCUGUAUAAAGGGAACAUGAACAGUGCAAUCAGUGUCACCAUGAGGUCGUUCAAGAGGAGGUAUUUCCACCUUACACAGCUUGGGGAUGGCUCGUACAAUCUAAACUUCUACAAAGACGAGAAGAUCUCCAAAGAGCCAAAAGGAACCAUUUUCCUGGAUUCCUGCAUGGGUGUGGUUCAGAACAACAAAGUUCGGAGGUUUGCUUUUGAGCUGAAGAUGCAGGAUAAGAGCACGUACCUGCUGGCUGCAGAAAGCGAAGCAGAGAUGGAGGACUGGAUCAACAUGCUCAACAAGAUCCUCCACAGCAGCUUUGAGAUUGCCAUGCAGGAGAAGAGGAAUGGAGACAUUCAUGAUGAUGAUGAUCUUGGAAAGUCAGACAGUUCUUCUGGCAGCCUGGAUAGCUUUCAGAGCACCAGAGAUAUUGAGUCAAGAAUGAGGAGUGAAACCAGACUGAAGCUGUUCACAGUGGAUCCAGACACACAGAAACUGGACUUCUCAGGAAUAGAGCCGGAUGUUAAACAGUUCGAGGAGAAGUUUGGCAAGCGGGUUCUGGUCAACUGCAACGAUCUCUCGUUCAACCUGCAAAGCUGCGUGGCAGAGAACGAGGAGGGGCCGACUACAAACGUGGAACCUUUCUAUGUCACUCUGUCGCUGUUCGACAUCCAGAACGGCAGGAAAAUUUCCUCUGACUUCCAAGUUGACUUAAACCACCAGUCUGUCAGGGGAAUGGUUCCCAGUAACACCAGUCAGUAUGUGAACGGAGGAAGUGAAGCCCGAUCCGAGGGGCAGCGGUUUAUCCACGGGGUGCCAGAAGCAGCUUUGCUGUAUCCCAAACAGGGAGUGUUUUCAGUGACAUGCCCUCAUCCAGAUAUCUUCCUAGUGGCUCGCAUCGAUAAGGUGCUUCAGGGGGGAAUCAACCAUUGUGCCGAGCCAUACAUGAAGAGUUCAGACUCCACCAAGAUGGCACAGAAGGUCCUGAAAAAUGCCAAGCUGGCGUGUAGUCGAUUGGGUCAGUACAGGAUGCCCUUUGCCUGGGCAGCAAGAACCUUGUUCAAAGAUGCAUCUGGGACACUUGACAAAAGUGCCCGCUUCUCAGCUCUGUACAGACAGGACAGCAACAAACUGUCCAAUGACGACAUGCUCAAAUUGCUGGCCGAUUUCAGAAAACCAGAGAAGAUGGCCAAGCUGCCUGUAAUCCUUGGAAACCUUGAUGUUACCAUUGACAGUGUUGCCCCCGACUUAACGAAUUGCGUUACCUCAUCCUACAUUCCUGUGAAGCAGUUUGAUGUCAGUGAGAGGAGCAGUGUGUUUUUCGAAGUGGAGGAGUUUGUGCCGUUCAUCGCCAAAUGUUCUCAGCCUUUCACUAUCUACAAUAAUCACCUCUAUGUCUACCCAAAGCACUUGAAAUAUGACAGCCAGAAGUCAUUUGCAAAGGCUAGAAACAUAGCUGUCUGCAUUGAGUUCAGGGACUCAGAUGAUGAAGAAGCUGUUUCACUUAAGUGCAUCUAUGGGCGACCUGGAGGACCCUUGUUUACCAAAAAUGCCUUUACCUCAGUAUUACAUCACCAGCACAACCCAGAGUUCUAUGAUGAAUUUAAGAUCGAGUUGCCAACACAGCUCCACGAGAAACAUCAUUUGCUGUUUACUUUCUACCAUGUGAGCUGUGACAGCAACAGCAAGGCCAGCACCAAGAAGAAAGAUGUGGUUGAAACUCAAGUGGGAUACGCCUGGCUCCCUUUGCUGAAGGACGGCCGGGUGAUAAUGAAUGAACAUCACAUCCCUGUUGCUGCUAACCUUCCUGCUGGAUACCUCAGCUGUCAAGAGGGCGCCAGCAAGCAUUUGAGUCCUGAGGUCAAAUGGGUUGAUGGAGGAAAACACUUGUUUAAAGUGUCCACACACCUAGUGUCCACUGUGUACACUCAGGAUCAACAUUUGCACAACUUUUUUCAUCACUGUCAGAGUGUUGCAUCAGCAGCACAAGGACCUGGAGGAGAACUGGUCAAAUACCUGAAGAGUUUGCAUGCCAUGGAGAGUCACGUGAUGAUCAAGUUCUUGCCAACUAUCCUCAAUCAGCUGUUUAGAGUGCUGACCAGUGCCACACAGGAGGACGUAGCAGUAAAUGUUACAAGGGUCAUGAUUCACAUUGUAGCUCAGUGCCACGAGGAAGGCUUGGAACACUACCUUCGCUCUUAUGUGAAGUUUGUAUUCAGGACUGAGUCGUACACUUCCUCCACGACCCGAACAGUACACGAGGAGUUGGCGAAAGCCAUGACUGUAAUCCUGAAGCCUUCCACUGACUUCCUGACGAGUAACAAGCUGCUCAAGUAUUCAUGGUAUUUCUUUGAAGCCUUAGUCAAGUCCAUGGCUCAGUACUUGAUUGAAAGCUGCAAAGUGAGGUUGUCAAGGAAUCAGCGGUUCUCUGCAUCUUUUCAUCACACUGUGGAAACUUUGGUCAACAUGAUGAUGCCACACAUCACUCAGAAGUACAAAGACAACCUGGAUGCUGCUCGCAAUGCCAACCACAGCCUAGCUGUCUUCAUAAAGCGCUGCUUCAACCUGAUGGACCGAGGCUUUGUGUUUAAGCAGAUCAACAACUACAUCAAUGGCUUCAUGCCCGGAGAUCCAAAGACGCUGUUUGAGUUCAAGUUUGAGUUCUUACGCGUUGUGUGCAAUCAUGAACACUAUGUUCCCUUAAACCUGCCAAUGCCAUUUGGAAAAGGGAGGAUACUGAGGUUUCAAGAUGAUACAGUGGAGUCUGAUGAUACUCCAGUAGAUCUGCAGAUGGAUUACUCUCUGACAGAAGACUUCUGUAGGAACCACUUCCUGGUCGGGCUUCUGCUCAGGGAGGUCAGUGCUGCUCUGCAGGAGUUCAGGGAGAUUCGGCAGAUAGCCAUACAUGUCCUGAAGAGCCUCAUGAUUAAACACACAUUUGAUGACCGCUAUUCAUCCAAGAGCCAGCAGGCCAGAUUGGCCACCUUGUACUUCCCCUUGUUUGGUCUCCUUCAGGAGAACGUCAACAGGCUUAAUGUGAAGGAAGUCUCCCCAUUCCCUGUCAACCACUCCAACAAUAAUGGGCGAGACGAUUCGCUCCUUUCAAAUGCCUUGAUGACACCUCCUAGGUCCAGCACGUUUCUGGACACCAGCUUGCACAAAGAUGUUUUUGGAGCUAUCUCGGGUACAACUUCCCCUCAUGCAGUUUCCACCCCUAACGUGAACUCUAUGCGCCACACCGACUCUCGUGGCUCCCUCAUCAGCACAGAAUCAGUCAACAGCCUCCAUGAGAGGAACCAUGACAAAACCAAUUCUCUUGACAAGCAAAUGGAGAAGUUUGUAUGGAGACAUUCUGUAUGCCUGCUUCCCUUUGUGGAAACUGAGGACAUAGUGUGUCCUGUUCACACCAAGCGAGCCACCAUAGACCUUGCCCUGCUCACCAUCCCCUGCAUCCCAGAAAUCCAUCUGCAGCCCAUCAGAUCUCUUCAAAACCAACCUGCCUCGACUCUGGGAAGCACCUUGAUGCGAUGUGAUAAAUUGGACCAGGCAGAGAUCAAAAGCCUCCUCAUGUGUUUCUUACAUGUGCUUAAAAGCAUGUCUGAAGAUGCUCUGUUCACAUACUGGAACAAGGCGUCAUCUGCUGAACUGAUGGACUUCUUUAUCUUAAUUGAAGUGUGCCUCCAUCAGUUCAGAUACAUGGGGAAAAGAUACAUUGCAAGGAACCAGGAAGGGGCAGGACCCGUAGCACAUGAGCGGAAGUCUCAGACUCUGCCUGUGUCCCGUAACAGGGCGGGAAUGAUGCAUGCCCGCUUACAGCAGCUCAGCAGCCUGGAUAACUCAUACACUUUUAACUACACCUACAGUCACUGCGAUGCGGAUGUGUUGAACCAGUCACUCCUGGAGGCCAACAUCGCCACUGAAGUGUGUCUAACAGUCCUGGACACUCUCAGCAUCUUCAUCAUGGGCUUUAAGACACAACUUUGCUCUGACCACGGCCACAGCCCACUGAUGAAGAAGGUGUUUGAAGUUCAUCUCUGCUUCCUGCACAUCAAUCAGUCUGAAACAGCCCUGAAGCAGGUCUUCACAUCACUGCGCACUUUUAUUUACAAGUUCCCGUGCACAUUUUUUGAAGGCCGUGCAGAUAUGUGCGCAGCCUUCUGCUACGAGAUUCUGAAAUGUUGCAACUCCAAGCUGAGCUCCAUUCGUAGUGAUGCAGCCCACCUGCUGUAUUUUCUCAUGAAGAGCAACUUUGACUACACAGGUCGCAAGUCCUUUGUCAGAACACACCUGCAGGUGGUGAUUGCUGUCAGUCAGUUGAUCGCUGAUGUGAUCGGUAUUGGAAGCACCCGCUUCCAGCAAUCUCUGUCAAUAAUCAACAAUUGUGCCAACAGUGAUAGAACUAUCAAGCACACAGCUUUCCCAUCAGAUGUGAAGGACUUGACAAAACGCAUCAGGACCGUUUUGAUGGCCACAGCUCAAAUGAAGGAGCAUGAGAGAGAUCCAGAAAUGCUAGUGGACCUGCAGUACAGCCUUGCCAAGUCGUAUGCCAGCACCCCCGAGCUGCGAAAGACCUGGCUGGACAGCAUGGCCCGAAUCCAUGUGAAGAAUGGAGACCUAUCAGAGGCGGCCAUGUGUUACGUUCAUGUUGCAGCCCUCGUGGCAGAAUACCUCCGGAGAAAAGGAAUGUUCAAGCAGGGCUGUUCAGCUUUCCGAGUUGUAACCCCAAACAUUGAUGAAGAAGCAGCAAUGAUGGAGGAUGUUGGGAUGCAGGAUGUGCAUUUUAAUGAGGACGUUUUAAUGGAGCUUUUGGAGGAGUGUGCAGACGGCCUGUGGAAAGCAGAGCGCUAUGAGCUCAUCUCAGACAUCUAUAAACUCAUAAUCCCAAUUUAUGAGAAGCGAAGGGACUUUGAGAAACUGGCCCACCUGUAUGACACACUGCAUCGUGCAUACAGCAAAGUGACGGAGGUGAUGCAUACAGGCAAGAGGCUGCUGGGGACGUACUUCAGAGUGGCUUUCUUUGGUCAGGCAGCGCAGUACCAGUUUACUGACUCAGAGGCGGAGGGUUUCUUUGAGGAUGAAGAUGGUAAGGAGUACAUCUACAAAGAGCCCAAGUUCACACCCCUGUCUGAGAUCUCCCAGAGGCUCCUGAAGCUUUACUCUGACAAGUUUGGACAGGAGAACGUGAAGAUGAUUCAGGAUUCUGGACGGAUUAAUCCCAAAGACCUGGACUCAAAGUACGCAUAUAUCCAAGUAACCCACGUGACUCCAUACCUGGAUGAGAAAGAGCUCUCUGACAGAAAGACAGAGUUUGAAAAGAGCCACAACAUCCGGCGAUUUGUAUUCGAAAUGCCUUUCACAAUAUCUGGCAAAAAGCAAGGUGGAGUGGAGGAGCAGUGCAAACGCAGGACGAUACUCACCACAACACACUGUUUUCCCUACGUGAAGAAGCGCAUCGCAGUGAUGUACCAACACCACACCGACCUGAGCCCCAUCGAGGUGGCCAUUGAUGAAAUGAGCAAAAAGGUGGCCGAGAUCAACCAGCUGUGCUCCUCCAGCGACGUGGACAUGAUCCGUCUGCAGCUCAAACUGCAAGGCAGCAUCAGUGUCCAGGUAAAUGCAGGACCACUUGCAUACGCCAGAGCUUUUCUGGAUGACUCGAGCGCCAAGAAGUAUCCAGAUAACAAGGUCAAGCAGCUCAAAGAGGUCUUCAGGCAUUUUGUGGAGGCCUGUGGCCACGGCUUGGGCAUUAAUGAGAGACUGAUCAAAGAGGACCAGCAGGAGUACCACGAUGAGAUGAAAGCAAACUACAGGGACUUGACCAGAGAGUUGUCCAUCAUCAUGCACGAGCAGAUCAUUCCGGUGGAAGACGGCAUGAAGAGCGUGCUCCCCGACUCGCUUCACAUCUUCAACGCCAUCAGUGGCACGCCGACCUCUGUCACCAUCCAGGGCAUCCCGCACUCGGCGUCAGUGAUAUAAUCCAGUUCUGGAUGUGAGCACUGUAUGCUCACCAUGGAGGCCAGCUUAGAUCUGUCAGCUUAUUGCUUGGAAGAUGCUGGGACCGUAGAUAACUCUGACUCUCUGUGUUGCACUCUGGUCCACUCAGACAACCACGAUUUGUGACUCUGUGCUCAGGGUGGGCGUGUGAGAAGCUAGGCCCAACAAGAAAAGUAACACUGCAGCAGAGACUUUCAUCUGGCAAAAAAACACACUUUCUGUUGAAAUGUAUGUUUCACCUGUUUCUACCUAAAGACUGAACACUAUUUCUAUGGAGACAUUCCUGUUGGGAUUUUUAAAAUAUGCAUGUCACUACAUCACCCCGCCCCGACAGCCCCUAGUUGUUGUUUUCUUUUUUUUUUAUCAUGUUUAGUGUUUUUAUGUACAGUAUUUCACUUUUAUAAGCCACUGUAUUGAUGUCUUGAUAAAUAUAUGCUGCAAACAUCGACGCUUCUCUGUCUGGACAUAAAGUUACAUUUUCAGAAAAGGCUUUUUUUUUGCAAAACUCCUCUGAAUUAUUGUUAGAUUAAAUCUGUUUUUAUUAGGAGUUGGGUUUUUUUAGAUGUAUUUAAAGCCAUUGCAAACAUAAAGUAUAUUCCAAGUUGUUUAUUGAUGUACAUACAAAGGACUGUGUGCAAUAUUUGCAAAGCAUCUUGCUGGGUGGAGAUCAAACACUGUAAUGAUUAUGUUCACCUUUUUGCCAAAGCGAUGAGGUGUGGGGAAAAGACACUAUGCCUACUGUGGAAGAAAUAUGAAGCUUAUACUAUUUUAUGUUUUUCUUUUUUAUUGUUUAAGAAAAAUGUCUUAUAUUUGAGCAGCAUUUUUUAAUAUUUAACACAAAUCACUGUUCUGCUGUAAACAGAGAUAUUCCCUAAUGCUUAUCUUUUAAAUAAAAGCACUCAUUUCUUUGCA